GUAUCCACCCAAGCAAACCUGUCAGCACAUUUUUCUUCUUGAAACUUCGAGGUCGGGCGGAGCCUGAGUCUUCUUUCAGGUCGCAGACCAGACUUUUGCCAAUGUCUACCCCCGGUUCCGCACCGCACUCUCCCGGAUCAAAUAUCAAACCUCCUGGGGGCGGCCGGCAUCGUGUAAUUUCAUCCUGUUUGACUUGCAGAAGGCGAAAGGUUCGAUGUGAUCACGUUCAUCCCGUGUGCGGAGCCUGCUCGAGGGGAAAUCAUGUUUGUACAUAUGCCAACGACGGGAGUUCGGCAGCACACGGCGCCAUCAACCGUCACAAAGUCUCCAAACCCAGUCUUUCAUCCGGCGCGAGAGCAGCAGCAGGGGGAGGAGGUGAUAUUCAGAGUCGCCUGGAGCGCCUCGAACAGCUCCUCGAGAAAGCAGUUAGCCUGAAUGCCGUACCAUCAUCACCAACCAAAGUGGAUUCUACCAAUGACCAAUCCAAGACCAAUCAUGCGUCCCCGUCCGACAGCCAGACAUCUCAACAAGGAAUGUCUUCUGACAAUCAAGAUGGAACUCUACUUUUGGAUGGAGAGCAAACUAGAUUUGUAUCUUCUUUGCACUAUGCUUUGUUGGCGGAUGAGAUCCAAGACAUAAAAGCGAUUCUAAGUGAUCAAGAAGAAGAGCGCCAGGAUAAACCCACGCGCGAGAAUCUUGUCCACUUUCUCUCGUUAGGACGUGCGCGCAUCUCUCAAUCCUUGGAACAAAUCUUCCCUCCGCAAGAUCAUCAAAAUAUUCUUCUAGACUUGUAUUUCACCAACGUUGACCCAAUGCUGCACAUAACUCACAGACCGACCUUGAUUCGGAAAUUCCGUACAUACGUACAAGAUACGCAUCCCCUCUCUUUUGCCAUUCUCUUCGCUGCCGUGAAUGCGCUGCCUUCAACAGUCGUCGAGAAUAAGUUUGGUGAGAAAAAGGAGGAGCUUCUGACAAGACUUGAGUUGGGCGUAGAGAUUGGCCUAGCAAGAGAAAAUUAUCUGACUACAUCAAGUCUCGAGGUGUUCCAGGCUUUCGUGAUUUGGUUAACAUGCAUCACGAAAGAAGAAGACAUGGGCAAGGCUUGGGCAUUGCUCGGAAUUGCUAUUCGGAUAGCACUCAACCAAGGGCUACACAGAGACCCUUCAUUGUUUCCUGCUGGAUCUUGGGAUGCCAUUACCAUUGAGCUCCGACGUCGAACAUGGCACCAGGUAUGCCAUCUCGAAUUCAGGGCGGCAGAGUGCAAAGGCCAGGAGCCAGGUAUAUCAGAAGAUGAUUAUACCACGCUGCUUCCACGUAAUAUAGAAGACGAAGAGCUUGUCGAAGGUGGCACCCCGGGCACUUCGCCGUACGACGAGGAGAAAUUCACUGCCACUACUUUCCAGAUUAUUCGGUUCAUGGGAAUGCGCGCUUUACGACAUAUCAUCAAAAGCACAUAUAGACUGGAGCGGAGAAUGUUGGAGUCGGGACUUCACGGUACACUCGGACCAGAUCCCACCCAGGAACUAAGAGAUAUCUACGAGCAGAUACAAACCAUGGUGAACAACAUGCAUGAAGAGAACUGGCGGAAGUUUCUAAGGUUCUGCGAUCCUAAAGUACCAUUGCAAAGGCUUUGUUUUGGAGUGGCAUCGUUGAUGGAAUGGAGAUGCUACCUCUUAUUUUGGUUGCGCAUGCCACGCGCAUACCGCGAUAUUGUAUUCUCAAACGAGACUCGAAAAUUAAUAUUCCAAAAAUCGGUCAACUGCAUGGAAACGUUAAACACCGCUUCCUUCGACGUCGACGUAGCGCGUUUCCAAUGGCAUAUAGGCUCCCACUCGUUCUUCCAGGCCAUCAUGCACAUCCUCUCCGAACUGCGCAACCCGCUUUUUGAUGCACCAGAUCGGCAGCGUGCAUUAAGAGCGCUCGAACUCUCACGAUUAAUCAAGGAAACAAACCAUACCAAGCCCUGGCAAGCGAUCAAGAGCAUGAUUGAUAAAGUGCUCAGCGAGCAAUCCAAUACUACCAGCAGCAAAACACCUAUUGUUAACGAUAUCCCACCACCCAUCACAUCCGACCCGUCACCUAAUAUCAACCCUUCGCUUUAUACCCCACAGUCCGCGCCAUCUUAUACGAAUUCGCAAGGAAUGCCAAUGAUGGCAUCUGUGCAACCGCAACCACAAAUGCAAAUGCAACCACCAACGUUCCCGGAUUACCAACAACAACUCGACCAGAUGCAGUUUAACUGGGAUGACAUCAACUUGAACGACAUCGUAGGCGUGACGGAGAACAGCACUGGAAGGAACGAAAUGCCAGAGUUUGACUUUGGCUUUUGGGGCGAUCCGAUCAAUGUAGGAAACGAGCAGAUGAUGACUUUCCCGAUGGAUGCCGGGUUCUCGACGUGGGGUACUUGA